ACAAAAACACAUAAAAGAUCUCAGUAAGGAGUAAGGAGCUUUCCAAAUAUAUAUUAGCCAUGUCGUUCCUCCAACUCUUAGCCUCGUUUUCUCUUCUCAUCCUUCUUUCCAUAGUUUCCAUCCUCUUCCUCACCAAAGCUUCAGCACGCAAAAAACAAUCAUCUCCACCACCCACCAUCAGCCUCCCAAGAUCCUACCCUAUAAUCGGUUCAUUCUUGGCCGAGCUUGCCAACCGUAACCGCCGUCUCCAAUGGCUCUCAGAUAUCCUCCAAAUCUCACCUUCCGCCACCUACGUCCACCACCAAUACUUUGCCAAGCGCCAGGUCUUAACCGCCAACCCUGCCGUCGUCCAGCACAUCCUCAAGACCCACUUUCAUAACUACGGCAAGGGAGACGACUUCCACCGAACCCUCAAAGACUUCCUCGGCCAAGGCAUCUUCAACGUGGACGGCGAGUCCUGGAAGUUCCAAAGACAACUCGCUAGCCAUGAGUUCAACACCAAGUCUCUACGCAAGUUCGUCGAGACGGUCGUGGAAACUGAGCUCUCUGACCGCCUCAUCCCUAUCCUCUCCUCAGCUGCCGCAACCGGAACUAUCCUAGACUUCCAAGACAUUCUUCAAAGGUUCGCCUUCGAUAACAUAUGUAAAAUCGCUUUCGGGUUCGACCCCACCUACUUGUUGCCCUCUCUUCCACAAACCAAGUUCGCUCAAGCUUUUGAAGAAAGCGUCAAGAUCAGUAGUGAGAGGUUGGAUGCAUUAAUCCCAAUCGUUUGGAAAAUCAAGAAGGUGUUAAACAUUGGGUCCGAGAAGCGUCUGAGAAUCGCACUGUCAGAAGUUCAAGAAUUUGCCAAGAACAUAAUAAGAGAAAAGAAGCACGAGCACAAAGAGAAUGCCUUGCUCGAUUCCGUAGACCUCUUGUCAAGGUUCUUGAGCUCCAACCAAUCGAACGAGACCUUCGUGAUGGACAUAGUGAUAAGCUUCAUACUUGCUGGGCGUGACACUACCUCCUCGGCUUUGACAUGGUAUCUCUGGCUACUUUCCAAGAACCCGCAUGUUGAGUCUGAGGUUCUGAAGGAAAUCCAAAAUAAAUCCAAAGCGCCUAUUUACGAUGAAGUCAAAGACAUGGUGUACACUCAUGCUUCUUUGUGUGAAAGUAUGCGGUUGUACCCGCCUGUCCCGUCAGACACGAAGGCGGCACUAAAUGAUGACGUUUUGCCAGAUGGCACGAUGGUGAAGAAGGGAAAUAGAGUGACGUACAUGCCGUACGCGAUGGGGAGGUUGGAGACUUUGUGGGGGUCUGAUUGGGCCGAGUUCAAGCCUGAGCGGUGGCUUGAGAAGGACGAGGCAGAGAAUAGCCAGUGGAAGUUCAUGGGGAGAGACGCGUAUACGUACCCAGUUUUCCAGGCGGGGCCGAGGAUUUGCUUGGGGAAAGAGAUGGCGUUCUUGCAGAUGAAGAGGGUACUUGCAGGCUUUCUCCCGCAGUUCAAGGUGGUGCCGGUGGUGAAGCAAGGCAUGGAGCCGGAGUUUGUUCCGCAAUUGACUGCCAAAAUGAAAGGUGGUUUCCCAGUUAAGAUUGUGAAGAGGGAAUGGAAUGCAAGAGAAUAAGAAUUUACGUAGAUAUGGGUUUUUUUUUUUUUUUUUUUU